AUGAACCGAGCGCUGCAGAUGGCGUGUGUAGAGGCAGAGACCUCCGCUCGCCUCUCCCGUCGAUUCGUCGCCAACAUCAGCCACGAGCUCCGCACGCCCCUCAACUCGGUCGUCGCCUUCAACUCGCUCCUCCUAGACGCCGACGACCUCAACCCUGUCCACCGCGAGUACGUCAAGUCCUCCCUCACCUCAGCCGAGGCCCUGUUGGGCAUUAUCAACCAGGUGCUCGAGUACGCGCGGCUUGAAUCGAAGGCGGACGGCAUCGAGCUUACGGAGAAGCCCUUCUUCCUCGCCGACCUCUGCGACGAGCUGUGCGACAUCCUGACGGCUCGCGUCAACCUCCGCAAGGUUGACUUUGCUAUCGAGCUCUGCACGGAGUACAAGGGGGGGAGCGUGCCCUGCCUCUACGGCGACAGUUUCCGUAUCCGCCAGUGCCUCAUCAACAUCUGCGACAACGCCGUCAAGUUCGCCAAGGACGAGGGCGGGCAGGUGGUGCUGAGAAUCGAGCUGCUCGAGGAGGCGCCUGAUGGCUCCGCGUUCUUGAGCAUGGAGGUCUGGGACAAUGGGGAAGGGAUUCCUCAAGAUCAGCAGGACCUUCUCUUCAAGCCCUUCUCCCAGGUU